AUGAAGCAAAAUCUGUCAUCAAAGCUGGAAGAUUAUGGCGAAUUGUUAAUUCAAAAGCAUGUAAAAGUUCACAACCAGCUUUCUACCUUGCUUUGGUAUCCUCCACCAUGUGGGACUUUUAAGCUGAAUGUAGAUGGAACUAUAUUUAGUUCCUUAAAUGCUUCUGGUGUGGGUGCUGUGUUGCGGGAUAACAAUGGCUGUAUGGUCAUGGCAAUGUCUAAAAGGGAGUUGGGUAUUCAUAAGGUAGAGGAUAUAGAAGUGCUUGCUGCUCUAAGGGGUUUGCAAUUAAUUUCUCACAUCGGUAUUUCUCACUUGAUUAUAGAGGGGGACUCACUUGCUGCAAUGGAGGCUAUUUGCUCAAGGGGGGAGGAUCUGAAUAGGUGCAGUGUCUUAAUUCAUGAGGUGAAGAAGGUGUUGUCCAGUUUUAUUUCUUUUGAGGUUCUUCAUGUUGGUAGACAUGGUAAUGAGGUUGCACACCUUCUAGCUCGACAAACACGGUUUGUGGAUGACACUUUACAAUGGUGGAAUGAACCUCCCGACUUUAUUUGA